AUGGACCAGACUGCGGUGCCCAAGUUUGGCAGCUUCAAGCCGAAGAGCGCUUCCAAACCGACGCCACGAGAAGACGAAUCUCAGAACAGGUCCAAGCGUGAGGAGCACUCGAGGAAGCACCAGGGGCGUCACGAUGAGGAUCGAAGACGGCAUCGUCAUGACCGGCGCGAGUCGAGGGAGCGGACGUCUCGACAGGAGCUGUCUCAUCGGAAACGAAGUCAAGAAGCGCGUGCCAAGACACCGGAUGAACUUCCCAUAGCCACGGACGAGUUCGAGGAGUCCAGUCUAUUCAUUGUCGAUCGUCGCGGUGACUCGAAGAAUGUAGAGUAUGGUAGCCUCCAUCGAUACAGCAUCCCCGCUUAUCGCCGCGUUGGUUAUGGGAAAGUCCUGGGUCUUGCUGGAUCAACCAAGAUAGACAGGGAUGAUAGUAGCGACAAGGAGAUCCGAUUGACGACUCUCGACCAUCGCCAGAGGAAACCGAGAUUGCUCACUUCGAAGCACGGCAGAGGCAAUGAAAGCAAGCUCCGUUUCGUACUGUUCACCUCGGACAACAACGAUUCGACUGAGAGUGACUACAUUGACUUACGACCUUCACGAAAGCGCAAACGUGGAUCUGAAUCUCCAGAGCCUGCUGCCUUUACUGUCGAUUACCGUUCAAUUGAAGGAAAGGCCAAAACAUCAUCUCAACCCGCAGAUGAAGAUCUCGAGAUCGAUUCAGACUCUGAGGGGGAGGACACUGAUCUGGACUUGCAUAUAAGGCAGCAAAGCGCUGUACUGUCCAAAGCUGCCAAAACAAACCCGAAUGACUUGAAUGCCUGGCUUGCACUUUCUGACCACCAGGCCAAGCUGGUUCGAGCGGGCGCCCUAGCAGUAUCCCUGUCGUCUUCAGAGAGAAGGACGCUUGCAGACCUUCGCUUGUCCAUCUUGAAUGAGGCCUGCACUCACAUCACCAAAGGCACCACGUACCGCGAGCGGCUGCUACGCGCUAUCAUCGAUGAAGGGACAAUUGUCUGGGAUAGCGCGAAACGAGCGUCGAGGUGGAUAGAAGCGCUUGCCGAAUGUCCCGGCAGCAUCAUGUUGUGGACAGACUACCUGAAUUAUGUUCAGGACAGUCACUCCGGCUUCAAAUUUGAAGAUUGCAAGGAUGCCUUCACCCAAUGCUUGCGGAUGCUGAAAGUGGCUGGGGAGAAAGAGGGAACUUCGACCAGUGACAUUCAGGUCUAUGUUCUGCUACGACUCACGGCCUUCAUUCGAGAUGCUGGUUAUGACGAGCUGUCCAUCGCUCUAUGGCAAGCAGUAUUGGAAUACCAUCUGCGCAUGCCACCACAGCUACGAGAAGCAUCGCUCUCGGAUCGUUUGGCCUCGUUUGAAGACUUUUGGGAAAGCGAAACUCCACGAAUCGGCGAAAAUGAUUCGAAAGGAUGGAUGCACUACGAAGAGACGAAUGAAAGCACCACUAGGACUCCUGCAAACGCUCAGCAAAGGCCAAUCGAUCGCAAACGUCCCUUCGUGAGCUUCGCCGAGACAGAAACUGCCCUUCAAGGCUUCAUCUUGCCGGCUUCGACCGAAGAUGAUGAUGCAACCUCAGAUCCCUUUCGGUGCGUCAUGUUCUCAGAUAUCAGCGAGAUACUUGACCUUGUCAGCAGCGAGCUGCCUACGAAGACGUUGAUCAGCGCUGCUCUCUGCUUCUUUGGGCUGCCUUGCAUAGCCUCCACCGAUGAAGCGUCUCCAAAGAUGGCUUGGUCCCAAGAUCCACACCUUGGGAGUGGAUGGACAACAUAUGCUGCUGUGGAUGGGGUUCUGAACACAUCCGUUGGAAAUUUGCAGUGUCGACGUGAGACAACCGACAGCCUGUUCGAUGAUGCUUUUGACGACUUCGCUCGUCGCUUUGAUACGAGCGCUGACGAUCCCCGAGGGCUGAUCGAUUUUGUCGACAGGAUACUGGAGGCCAUCGUAGCGGUAGUCCCUCAAGACGACGACAUUGCGGAGUAUUUUCUAGCUUACAAGCUUCAGCUAUCGCCGGUCGAAGCCGGAAAAACUGCAAAACGUUUGCUCAAGCAGAGACCAUCAAGCCUACGCCUCUACAACGCGUAUGCUUUGAUUGAGGCAAAGAGAGGCAACUUGGACAAGGCGCAAAGUGUCUGGACAACGGCACUAGGCGCGGACUUGGGCUCGGCUGCGAGAGAUGGCGACGUUGUCCUCUGGCACAGUCGCUUGCUUGCACAAUGCAAAAAUGAGUCCGCUGCUCGACACGUGGUUGCAGAAGACGACGCUGGCUCACAUGUGAAGAGGCUGAGGGCUAGAAGGCUGCUCAAAGAAAGACUAGACCGAGCACUUCUCGCGCGCAAUCAUCUACACGGUGCCCUGCUUGUUGACUGUCUGGCCUGGAUGGAGUACCUUGCUAAUGGUCGUGACAUGGACCGUACUUUGCAAGUCUUUCACACUCAAGCCUCGAGGUUCAAACGGAGUGGUUUGACAGCUGCGGUCGAGUUGAUCGAAGAAUACCAAGCUGGGUUACUCAAGCUGCAUGUUGAUCGACAACGACCUUUCAAGCCGGCUGCCUUAAAAUUUCAGCUCGAGGAGGCUUUGAAGCUAUUCCCAAGCAACAGUUCUUUGCUGGAACUGCACUCUAGCAUUGUAGCACAGGAUCGGCUUCGAAGUCUCGUCCGAAAUCAGCAAGUAACCCAUUCAGCCGACUUGUCGAUUGUUCAGUGGUCUUUCAAGAUCGCUGAAGAGCUUCGUCGACUUGGAGACGAAGCAUUUGGAUCGAACCCCAACACCGUUCGUGCGACGUUCUCGAAAGCGCUGUUGAGCGCAGACAGUGCUGUGAAUCACUCGCUGUUCCUCUGGAUGAUGUGGCUCAGGUUCGAGCAUGGACAGACCCAUCGCCUGGAAGGUACAAGGAAACGGGAGGCUGCGCAACGAACGAAGCAAGUCUACUUGGACGGCUUGAGAAGUCUACCGUGGGUGAAGCAGUGGGUGAUCACGGGCAUGAAGUUUCUGUGUGAUGGCACCUUGAGCCAGGGUGAGCUGAGGCAAUCGUAUGAAACGUUGGUGGAGAGAGGAAUACGUCUGAGGGUUGAUAUCGAAGACAUGAUAUGA